AUGAUCGUCGAGCAGCUUGGCAUGAAGACGUCGCAGGAGAACCGCAUGUCCGUGUACCUGGCUGCCUCGGCUCUUGCCGAGUUCUUUGCUGACAUUGCUCUGUGCCCUCUGGAAGCCACACGUAUCCGUCUCGUCUCGCAGCCGACCUUCGCUAACGGUCUUGUUGGUGGCUUCGCCCGCAUUGCCCGCGAGGAGGGCAUUGGCGGCUUCUACGCCGGUUUCGGCCCCAUCCUGUUCAAGCAAGUGCCCUACAACAUGGCCAAGUUCGCCACGAUGGAGAUUGUCCUCGAGAACGCGCUCCACAUGUAUGGCAAGACCAAGGCACAGCUCUCGCACUCGGAGGCUACGGCGUUCAACCUUGGCUCUGGUCUGAUCGCCGGUUUCGCCGCUGCGACCAUCUCGCAGCCCGCCGACACGCUCCUUUCCAAGGUGAACAAGACCAAGGCUCUCCCUGGCGAGACGACCACGGGCCGUCUCAUCAAGAUCGCCAAGGACCUCGGCCCUGUCGGUCUCUUCACGGGCCUGACGACCCGUCUCGUCAUGGUCGGUACGAUGACCGCCCUCCAGUUCGGUAUCUACGGCCAGAUCAAGACGGCUCUUGGCGCCACGAACUCUGUCGAGAUCGCCAAGGCAUAA